AUGUCCAAACCAAUCUCCAUCUCAUUCGGUAAACCGAAAGUGAAAGUCUCUGCCUCCGCCUCCACUCCCACACCUUCAGGCACACACACCACCGCGCCUGCGCCCAAAAGACCCGCCUUCACCGCUGAUCCAGAAGAUGACGUCGAGGACGAAAGACCACCAGCGCACGAAUCAGUGCUGGGCUUCGCAGCUGAUGGGGGCGCGAUAUUAAGCCUGCCGGUGAAGGCCACGGCGGAGAGGGUGAUUGAGAACAAGGGGAAUGCGGAUUGGAGGACGAGAGGGAGACCCGCAGCAGCCAGCACCAAAGGAGGUGAGCAACGGGGCAGCGACGACGAUGGAAAGAGAGGAAGCGAGCAAGAAAGCUGGCCGAAGUUAGACAGGACGCCUCGCACGGCAGACGAAGCCGCCCUCUCCGCCCUCCUAAAUGGCGACGCUUCUUCCCCCUCCUCCUCAUCGAACCUCAUCAUCGAACCCCAACCACAGAACCACAACCCCGCAACAGUGGCGUCCUCAUCAGCAGCCGACGAAACGCUGUCCUUCCUCGCCGACGUAGCCUCGCGUCCCGACCCGGCCAGCCUGGCCGACUACGCCGCCCUGCCGGUCGAAGAGUUCGGCAUGGCGCUCCUCCGCGGGAUGGGCAAGAAACGGCGCGCCAACGGCGAGGUGAUCGUGAUCAAGAACCCUAACAAACCGGACGACGGGGCAGGAGACGAGAGGAGGAACAGGGAAGCAGGGAAGAUGAAGACGAGGGAUCCGAAUGCCGGGUAUUUGGGCAUUGGCGCCAAGGCGGUCAAGAUUGGGAGUGCGAGCGCCGAUGGUAAGGGAGGAAGGGGAGCGGGCGAGGAUGAUGGGUUGGGUGCGUGGGGAAAAGCGGAUAUGAGGCGGAACAAGAAGGGGGAGGGCUUGUAUACGCCUGUCAUGCUUCGGGAUCGGAGGACGGGCGAGCUGAUCAGCGAGCGCGAGUUGGAGGAGAGGAAGAAAGCCACGAUCGUGAUGAUGGAGGCCGACGCGGCGAAGAGAAGGGCCGAGCUGGGAAAUACAGGCGAAGACGAUUGGAGGCAUCGCAGGGACCGCAACUUACUGCGUCAUCCCGCUAGGCAGCAGCAGCAUCACCCAGAGGGAAGAAAUGGCGAUUACAGGGAGAAGACCAACGGCUCCUCUCCCCCGUCGACGAAGAUGAUUGAAUACCGUGACGAAGAGUCCAGACGCUCGUCGUCAGCGGGUAGCAGAAGAAGAAGAAGAAGUCGAUCACGUGAGAGCUAUCGCGAUUCCAAGCGGGAACGAGAUCGAGAUCGAGAUCGAGAUGGAUAUCACGACAGCAAGUAUGCGGAGAGAGACAGAGAGGAGGACAAAUAUCGCGAGCGUGACAGAUCAAGGAGAGACAGGCGUCGUGAUGAGGAGCAGCAGCAGCAGCAGCGGUAUGACUCGACAUCUUCGUCUUUGGCUCGGAAGGGUGCACAUGGUAGAGAUCGAUACGAGGACGACGAUGAUAGGGGCCGCGGUUCGAGAGUGGCGAGCGAGCGGAGGAGGGAGCGGUACUAG